AUGAAGUCUUCACAGAGUAUUUUAUUCGGUGUACUUCUUAUGCUUGUAUAUUGUCGUGGUUUUUAUGCAAGUGUGCGUGACCGCAAAGAUUUAUGUCCAAAAAUCAACCCUUGGGUGUUCCUUGGCUACAGGCCAUUAAGUAAAGAAGACGCUGGUCUCUAUAUGAAAAUUUCAAAUGUCACAUUGAAUGGAUGUAUCAUGAAAUGCUGUGAAUCUGAUAAUUGUAAUGUGGUUUUCAUGAACAAAAACGAUUGCUAUACGCUGUCGUGUAAAACAAACGAUGACUGUUUACCAGUUUAUGCUAAAGAACAUGUCUUGGAUUUCAAAAUGAUUUUAGUAGCUCCACUUUCACCUGCUAAUUAUUGGACUGACAUUUUAGAAGGAAACAGUUUCUCCGAGCCUGAGGAUGCCAAAGUAGUAUACUCCUUAGAUAAAAUAUGCGAAGUGAACAAUGAUUGUUCUGAUAAUGAAUUAUGUGACCCUCAAAUUGGUAUUUGUGUUUGUUCUGAGGGUUAUCAAUUAGACGAUACUAAGAAAUUCUGUUAUUCAAAUACUGGUAAUUUAGGAUUAGGAUCAAAUAUAUCUGGUUAUGAUGUAGACGAUGUAAACAAUGCUAUACCAGAACAACAACAACCAUUUGACAGUUUAAAAAAAGUAUCAGUUGAAAGUGAAUCCCAAAAACCACCUGAAAUCAAACAUUUAGUUGUUUCAGUUUUGUCAAAAACUGUACGAUUACCAGAAAACGAAGCUACACUUUCUGCUUAUACUGUACCAGCAGAUGACACAGGUCAUAGUUAUCAAUAUGAAUGGUCACUGAUUUCAAAAACUCAGGGCUCUGGACAAACUGUAUCAAUGAAUGAUCAGAAUGGAAGCACAUUGAAACUUUCUAAUUUAGUUGAAGGUCUAUAUAUGUUCAAGGUGACUGUUACCGGUACAGGUGCUUUUGGAGAAGCACAAGCCAAUGUCACGGUAUUACUGCCACAAAGAAUCAAUACACCACCAAAAGCUGUGAUAUUACCAUCUUCCUUGGUGGUAAAGUUACCUAAUACAGUAGCAGUGCUUGAUGGUUCAAGUAGUCGUGAUGAUACUGGUAUUGUGCAUUGGCGUUGGGAGUUACAAAAAGGUCAACUAGGAUAUCGACCUCAUUUACCCCCUGAUACUCCAACUUUACAGUUAAAUGAUCUACAAAUUCCUGGAAACUACACAUUCAAAUUGACCGUUAUGGAUGCGUGGAAUGCUACCGACUCAACUACAGCUAAUAUUACUGUUAUGCGAGUACCUGAUUAUCCGCCAGAAGCAAAUGCUGGUCAAGAUAUGGUUGUUUAUUUACCAGUAAAAAAUGUGACUCUAAAUGGAAGUCUAAGCACAGAUGAUCAUGGUAUUGUUGCAUGGGAGUGGACAAAAAGUUCUUCAGAUCAAAAUAAAGCUGUCGAUAUUCAAGAUACACGUACACCAUAUCCCAGGUUAUCUAAUUUGGAAGAAGGUUUAUACACAUUUGUAUUGAGAGUGACUGAUAAUGCAAAUCAAACAUCAAGUCCAUCAGAAGUUCAUGUCUUUGUCAAACCACCAACCAAUAAACCUCCUGUUGCCGUUGCUGGUAAAAAUUUAACAUUAUCAUUGCCUCAAACUUGGGCAUUACUUGAUGGUUCAAAAAGUAGCGAUGAUAUUGGAAUAGAAAAAUGGAAGUGGUAUCAAAUUAGUGGUCCAUCGAAUGUGCGUUUCAAUAAAGACAACGCAUCUAGAACAAAUGUUACUGAAUUGACUAAAGGUGUUUAUGUAAUUGGUUUAACUGUCACUGAUGGAAAUGGAAAUAACGCUUCAGACAUUGUUAAAAUUACAGUAUAUCAAAACAAAAAUACUCCACCUAAAGCUAACGCUGGUGGAGAUAAGACAAUUGUAUUACCAGUCAGUGCUAUUGUUCUCAAUGGCUCGUUGUCAUGGGAUGAUUUAGCCAUUGUAAAAUGGGACUGGAUUCGUGAACCAAAUUCUUUAGCUGCUGGAAAUAUAAUUUUAAAUUCAGACCAUUCGUCGGUUCUAAUUGUAACAAACAUUGUUGAAGGACGAUAUGUAUUUCGUUUAAAAGUUACUGAUGACCAAGGAGCGUCCAGUGAAGAUAUAGUUUCGGUUAACGUCAAGCCUGAUCCUAUUGCAAAGUCUAUUGUAUGUUUAACACUUUACAUUGAAGCAAGCCGAUUAACACAAAAUCAAGCAGACGAGGUAAAAUUAAAAUUAGGCAUGUUGUUGCCAACUGGUAGUCAAUUAAAGGUUAGAAAAUGGACAGAAGAACAAAAUUCUAAAAGGGCCCAGUUACAUUUCUUCGUUGAUGAUAAUAAAAAUAAAACACUCUCAGGACCAGAUGUAGUCUCUAUGUUAAAAUCCAAACUCAAACAAGAUUCUUCACUUUUACAACUAUCUGUUGACAAUAUUCAAACUACAGUUUGUCAAAAUAAUUGUUCAGGCCACGGAAUUUGUGAAGAAGAAACACGUAUAUGCGUUUGUGAAGCAUUUUGGAUGCACAAUUUGUACAGAGCUUUAUUUGGAGAUGGUGAAUCCAAUUGUGAAUGGAGUAUUGUAUAUGUGGUUAUCAUAUUAGCUGCUUUGUUUGUAACUACAGUAUUUUGUUUUUGGAGUAUUGCUUGUUUCUGCAAUCGGAUCUGUACUACUAAACAAAAAAUCAAAAAAUACAAGCUAGUUGGAGUUGAUGAUGAUAAUCAUUCAAUGAAAAGUUCAAUGUCACACUUGGAAUUAUCUGACACAGAUUCAGAUUCAGACGUACUAUUAGAUGUGAGAAAGGCCAAAAUGAAUCAGAACAGUAUGUCAAACAAAUUUUUAAAUGUCUCUCGAUACAAGAAAAAUAAGAGAGUUAAUGCUUGAACUGCUAAAAAUUGUUAUUCUAAUUUUUUUACUAUUCAUAACAGAAUUUCAGAACAUCAAUAGCUUCUCAUACAAUUAUACAAUAUAAUGUGAGCUUUAUUCAUAGAAAAACUAAAAAUGACAAAUUAUUUUUAAAAUUUGUGAAAAAAAUUAUUUGACGAACUGAUAAUAUUUUACACACAUAUAUCUUAUUUUAAUUUAAAUUAUUUGAAUACUAUAUUUUAAACAAAACCUUUAUAUAUAGAGUAUUCUGAUGUAUACCAUUAUUUUCUAGUCAUGCUUGUUUUAUUUU